UUUAAAAUAUAAGGGUCCCAGUAUUUUAACCGAAGACACUGAUACUCUCCAUGUAUCAUGCAACACGCCCAGGCUAACAAUCCUUUCAACAUCCACUUCGACGCUCUUCCACAAUCACAAGAUCGGAAUUGAGAAAGGCCCGGCCCCUACAGGAGCAAUUGAUGAAUUGGCUUGGGAAAUGAUAACAUCAAAAGCGAACAUAACAUCUAUAAACGAGCUCGUCAUAAUCGAUGUUAUAAGUUCAGUUUUCAUUGCUUACAAUCAAUGGCCUGCUUGCACUUCAAGUGAUAAUGAAUGUCUACGUGAACCAAGUACUAAAGAAGCUGUUAUAAAUACAUAG